AGGGGGCAAUUAAUUGAAACUCACUCAGGGCUGCCCCAAACACUCUUCCAGCAGGACCAGCUGUGCAAGCACCUAAGCAGUAUCCCCUGCUCCUAGGAUAGAAGGGGGGCCCCAUUCACAUUACAGGGAGGAUCUGAAGCCUUCAUGAUGAAGCCUGCACUACUGCCAGCAUCCUUCCUGCUGCUCCUUGGCUUGUGCCAUGUGUCUGCCAUCUCAGAGGUUAGAAAGUGUGAUCGGAGUGAAUUCCAAUGCGGAGAUGGGAAGUGUAUCCCCUACAAGUGGAUUUGUGAUGGCAGUGCUGAGUGUAAGGAUGGAUCCGAUGAAUCCCCAGAGACUUGCAAGGUGGUAACAUGCGGUGCUGACCAUUUCAGUUGUGGCGGAAGGCUUAACCGUUGUAUUCCCCUGUUAUGGAAAUGUGAUGGCCAGACAGACUGUGAAAAUGGUUCUGAUGAGAAUGACUGUACUCGUAAGGUGUGUGCUGAUGACCAGUUUACAUGCCGAAGUGGGAAAUGCAUCUCCCUUGACUUUGUUUGCGAUGAAGACCUGGACUGUGAUGACGGUAGCGAUGAGAGUUAUUGUCCAGCCCCCACUUGCAACCCAGCCAUGUUUCAGUGUAAAGAUAAAGGCAUUUGCAUCCCUAAAUUGUGGGCCUGUGACGGGGACCCCGACUGCGAAGAUGGUUCAGAUGAACAGCACUGCGAGGGGAGGGAACCCAUCAAGACUGACAAGCCCUGCUCUCCCCUUGAGUUCCACUGUGGGAGUGGAGAAUGCAUACACAUGUCCUGGAAAUGCGAUGGGGGAUACGACUGCAAGGAUAAAUCCGAUGAGAAGGACUGUGUGAAACCCACUUGCCGCCCGGAUGAGUUCCAGUGUAACGAUGGGACGUGCAUUCAUGGCAGCCGCCAGUGUGACCGAGAAUAUGACUGCAAAGAUCUUAGCGAUGAGGAGGGUUGUGUUAAUGUGACAAAAUGUGAAGGCCCUGAUGUAUUCAAAUGCCGCUCUGGGGAGUGUAUCACAAUGGACAAAGUCUGCAACAAGAAAAGAGAUUGCAGGGACUGGUCAGAUGAACCCAUCAAGGAGUGUGGUGAAAACGAGUGCAUGCGAAACAACGGCGGCUGCGCCCACAUCUGCAAUGAUCUUAAAAUAGGAUAUGAGUGUUUGUGCAACGAAGGGUACAGACUUGUGGACAAGAAACGCUGUGAAGAUAUUAAUGAAUGUGAGAACCCCAAUACCUGCAGUCAGAUUUGCAUCAAUCUUGAUGGAGGCUACAAGUGUGAAUGCAGAGAAGGUUAUCAGAUGGACCCAGUGACUGCAUCCUGCAAAUCCAUCGGAACUGUGGCUUACCUGUUCUUCACAAACCGGCACGAGGUGAGGAAGAUGACGCUGGAUCGGAGCGAAUACACAAGCUUUAUCCCUCGCCUUAAGAAUGUGGUGGCUUUGGAUAUGGAGAUUGCCAGCAACAAAAUCUAUUGGUCUGACCUGACUCAGAGGAAAAUAUACAGUGCAUCGAUGGAUAAGGCAGACAACACGUCCCACCACGAAACUGUGAUUAGCAGCCAAAUCCAGGCUCCUGAUGGCAUUGCAGUGGACUGGAUCCACGGGAACAUCUAUUGGACAGACUCUAAGUUCAGCACCAUUUCUGUGGCCAACACAGAGGGAUCAAAAAGGAAAACUCUUUUCAGUGACGAUCUGGCAAAGCCAAGGGACAUUGUGGUGGAUCCUUCUCAAGGGUUUAUGUACUGGACUGACUGGGGCCUCCCAGCCAAGAUUGAGAAAGGAGGCUUGAAUGGAGUUGACAGAUACCCCUUGGUUACAGAGAACAUUGAAUGGCCCAACGGCAUCACAUUAGACUUAACCAACCAACGGCUAUACUGGGUGGACUCUAAGCUUCACUCUCUGUCCUGUAUUGAUGUCACUGGGCAGAACAGAAUAACGGUCAUAUCAGACGAGACCCACCUGGCUCAUCCUUUUGGGCUCACCGUCUUUGAGGAUCUUGUAUUCUGGACUGACAUUGAAAAUGAGGCCAUCUUUAGCGCAAACAGACUGACUGGCAGCAAUAUCACGAAAGUAGCAGAAGAUCUCUUGUCUCCAGAGGACAUUGUCUUGUACCACAACCUGAGGCAACCGAAAGCUGAAAAUUGGUGUGAAUCUCACCACCUUGGCAAUGGCGGCUGCGAGUACCUGUGCCUUCCAGCACCGCUCAUUACCUCACGUUCUCCCAAAUUCACCUGUGCUUGUCCAGAUGGGAUGCACCUGGGGGCAGACAUGAGGAGCUGCGUGAAAGAACCAGUGUUACCAGAGACCUCUACCACAACCACCACUUCAGCACCAGUCACAACCACUACAACAACACGUCCCACUACUAGGAGCACAACACUGGCUAAGAUUACUUCAACUACCUCAACUGUUGCUCCACAGAGACCAAAAAUGGCCAGCACCACUGUAGCACCACCAAGGCCUACCACAGAAUCCCCUAAAACAACCCAGAGAAUGGUUACAGAAAGAGUCCCUGAUCGUACCACAUGGGAGCCUGUGACUCAUUCACAACUAGCUGGAAAUAAAUUUGCUAAUGAAGGAGUAGUUGAAAGUGCCCGAUCCCAUCCCACUGCUCUCUACAUUGUGCUCCCUAUUGUGAUACUUUGCCUUGUUGCCUUCGGGGGAUUCCUCCUCUGGAAGAACUGGAGAUUAAAAAAUACAAACAGCAUAAACUUUGAUAAUCCCGUGUACCAAAAAACAACCGAGGAAGACCAGAUUCACAUCGGCAGAAGUCAGGAUGGAUACACCUACCCUUCGAGGCAGAUGGUGAGCUUGGAAGAUGACAUUGCUUGAACAACUUGACCACUCGUGUGCCUGUCGCCAAAUGUUGCUGCUUACUGUUUCAGGGACAAUACAAAUAACGACGAAACCAAAACACACUUUUUUUUUUUUGUACAUUAGUUGUCACUAAGUCCAACCCACGCAGCCCAAACGUUGAUUCGUCCUCGGCGAUUCCUAAGACUCAACCUACAAAUCGCCCGUGGACUUCACUUUUUUUUUGUGUCUGAGAUAAUUCUAUUUAAGUUUAAUUUUUUCUUUUUUUUUUACUGUGCCAUGUUUUAUGCUCUAUUGCACACUAGUAAUGUGACAAUUCCCCUCGGAAACGAGAGAUCUUACACGAAGGAAUACGGAAACACAAUGGCGAAACUGCACUAGGGGGGACUGUGAAGGACUUACCUACAAUCCUGGCUGGGGUUAUAUCUGUCUUUUGUUUUGUUUUAAAAGCACAAUAUCUUGAAGAAAAAAAAAAAACACUAAAAAGAACCAAACUCUGAACGGGAGGGACCCGGUGGGGGAGCAGAACUUGCAGCUUUUUUUGUUUUCUAUAUAGACUUGUGGACGUCCCAAUCUGCUCAGGUUGUCGGAGAAUGUUUACUACCUUUUUUCGGGUAGCCAUAUUUGGCACUGCCUUCCUGAUAGGAUGUAGCAAAGUGACAAAGGCCACUAAUUACCCACAAGUGCCUGGUUCUACCAUCAUUCUUUUGCAGCGGUUCCACUGUUGCCCCCGCCCUCCGCCUGCACUUUUUCCCCCCCCCUCUCUCCUGCGUUUGUAUGUUUGUUGCACAGAGUUGUCAAUUCUUCAGCUUCCUUCUAUUCACCGUACUCAUGGAACAGGGUAUGACGGCAGAAGCGACUUUUUUUGUUUUUGUUUGGGAUUUGGAUAGACUGAAUGGUUCUAGGGCUUCGAGUCUGAACGUUUGUGAUGUCAUCGGAACGCUGUCCCGCGGAUCAGCACCUAACGAGGUUAAACCGUGCCUGUUACUACUGCUGCCUUAAUUGCUUCCCGGUGCAGAACUGAGCUAUCGUCGCGUAUAUUUUUUUUUUCCUCGAAAAAUCUCAGGUUUUACAAUCGUUGGUUCUGAAUGGAUGAUUUGGGACACGCCUUCUCCGAAAUCCCGCCUCUGCUCUUUGUAUGCAAGUAUCCCUUUUUCUGCAGUAUUGAAACGAAUCCGUCCUGCCCGAGCCUUGGAAAGAGAGUGCUUUCUUAUAUAUUUUUUUUUUUUGUUCUGAAGGGUGUAAAUAUUUGUUUCUGUACAGUGUAUUGCACAAUGUAUUUCCUGUAUGUAUAUUUUUUGUCAUUCCUGGGAAAGAAAAGAUUAAUAUAUAAUUUAUUUAUUUCCUAAG